AUGCGCAGAAUCGUUAUACAUGACAUAAGCAUCAACACAGAAGACAUUCCUUAUUACCACCUCUCGUCAUCCAAAACAUUGUCAGUUACCCUGGGGCCUUCUUUUUUCUCCUCUCGCUUUUCUUUUUUCUUCUUUCCUUGCUUAACUUUUCCUUUUCUCCGUCCACCUAAUUUGUCUCAUUAUUCCCUUCUCUCGUCCUCAUUCUUUCCCAAACACUCGCACAUUUUACACGGACCAAGAUUUGGAGAACUUCUCUCAUUCGGUCUCUUUCUCAAUCUACUGCAUUCAUUCUUGCUUUGUGAGUCUUUUUUCUCUCUCUUUCCGAUCCACCACGAAAAAUUCCCGCUUUUCUCUCUCUCUCUCUCUUCUAAUUUUCAACAUUUUUUUUUGUCUUUUUUUCAUCUCCUAUCCGUGCCGAACCAACAUUUGCUGCUUCUCAUCAUCACCACCAUCGCCAUAAUGUCGUUGUUUUCCCAUGAAUCCGUCUUACUCUCUUCUUCUUCUUCGUCGUCGUCUUCUUCAUCGUCUUCUCGUUUAUAUUACCCUCCCCUUUCUCUCCGUUUUAUCUCUACUACGACUAUCACAGCGGCUGCUGCUGCCAUUGAACCGUCCUUUUAA